CUGUCUGAUGUAUGAGAAUGUUCUCCAUUCCAAACCAGAAAAAGUGCUAGGAGUAAUCCGUAGGAAGCAGCCUGUCAAUAUUGCUCUGAAAUGCUGUUUUUUCAGGUACUACCAUGUAUACAAAGGUGCAGUGCACCCUACCUGGAGUGUCCCCUCUGGUGUGCGGUCCCUUCAUCAUCCUUCUGGCAUGGUUUUGAAGAUAACGGAUGCUACCUUUUCUAAGCCAUCUGAAGCUAAAUAUCAUUUGGGCCAAGAAAUCCACUUUCAGGCAGUUAGUUACCCCAACAGUACCAGACAAUGGCUCUUCCUUCGCUCCUUCUAUGUAACUCCAAAUCCAAAUCCCAAUUCCAGACCACAAUGCACUGUAAUUGACAACUAUGGGUGUAUGGUGGAUAGUAAACAGGAAAGCUGCUCUUCCAGAUUUGAGAGGCCAAGGAUGGCUAAUGUCGUCUCCUUUACAGUAUCUGCUUUCCAGUUUAAUAACCACAAGCAGGUGGCAGGAGCUUGGUGGUCAUGACGGAGUAUGUGAAUGCUGUGACUCGGUCUGUGGCCCUUCAGAAUAUGAUGAAGUUACUGAAAGCCAUGGCCCAGUGGAGGUGGGCCAUGACGAGGUCCCCUAGGUGGGCCACGAUGAGGUCCCCGAGGUGGGCCACGACUCCAUCCUUGGCAUGGAUGAAUCAAAACGAUUUUGGCAGUAUUACUGAGGUUCAUCUUGGACAUGAUGCAGACCUAAUGCUACUGUACUAUGCCUCAUGAUGUACAUGUGUAAAAGCUUUUAAAUUUACCUGAAAGCCCUGCCUUGAAAUGUACACUCAAUAAAAGGGUUUGUUCCUGUUUA